GGGAGCCGGGGGGCGAAGGAGGCAGAUCCGGGGAGAAGGGGGACCGGAGGUCCGGCAGGGGGAGGAGGCGGUGGACGCUGAACUGAGGAUUGGAGAACAGUGGGGGUGGGGAUGGAGCCUGGGAACGGAUGGGCCGGAGCCGGAGAGACGAGGGGCUGGGGGGCGGGAGGAGGGGCGGGGCCAGAUAAUAUUCCAGGUCAAAGUCCGGGUCGACGUCUGAGUCUGAAUCCGAGUCCGAGUCGGAUGGGGGUCGGGGAUGGCGCGGGGCGGUGGCGCGCGUGGAUGGGAUCGGAGCGAAGCGGGGCCGGGGACAGAUCAGGGAGGGGGCGGGUCUCGGGGAACGCGAAGGAGAGGCAGAAGCCGGGGAGAGGCGGGGCCCGAGCGAGGAGGUGGAGCCCGAAGGGCGCAGAGGCGCAGCUCCGUGCGACGUCGUGACGUUGCGCUGCGCGUCCCGGGGGCCCUGCUGGAGCCGCCUGAACGGUCGCCGGGUGCGCGUCAUUGGUGCGCGCCGCGCCGGACUCCGCGGCUCCGGGCACAGAGCGCGAUGGCGGCGCUGGGCGGCGACGGACUGCGGCUGCUGUCGGUGUCUGGGCCCGAGCCCGAGCCCGAGUCGGCGGCGCUGAAUGGCGCGGGUCCUGGCCUGUGCUGCUGGGUGUCCGUGUGCUCCUGCCUCAGCCUCGCCUGCUCCUACGUAGGCAGCCUUUACGUGUGGAAGAGCGAACUGCCCAGGGACCAUCCUGCGGUCAUCAAGCGUAGAUUCACCAGCGUCCUCGUGGUGUCUAGCCUCUCCCCGCUCUGCGUGCUGCUUUGGCAAGAGCUCACCGGCCUCCAGCCAGGCAUAUCCCUGUUCACCCUGAUGGGCGUCAGGCUGGAGGGCAUCUUCCCGGCCGCGCUGUUGCCGCUGCUGCUGACCAUGAUCCUGUUCCUGGGCCCCCUGAUGCAGCUUUCCUUGGACUGUCCCUGGGACUUGGCCAAUGGACUGAAGGUAGCCUUGGCCCCCCAGGCCUGGAUGCAAUGCCUGACGGACAUGCGCUGGCUGCGCAACCAGGUGAUCGCCCCCCUGACGGAGGAGCUGGUGUUCCGGGCCUGCAUGCUGCCCAUGUUGGCCCCCUGCACGGGCCUGGGCCCCGCCGUCUUCACCUGCCCCCUCUUCUUCGGCGUCGGGCAGUGUGGGCAGCAUCUUCCUGUCGGCUGCGUUCCAGUUCUCCUACACGGCUGUCUUCGGGGCGUACACGGCCUUCCUCUUCAUCCGCACGGGUCACCUGAUCGGGCCGGUGCUCUGUCACUCUUUUUGCAACUACAUGGGCUUCCCGGCCGUGUGUGCGGCCCUGGAGCAUCCCCAGAGGUGCCCGCUGCUGCUGGGCUACGCCCUGGGCGUGGCGCUCUUCGUCCUGCUGCUGCAGCCCCUCACCGAACCCAGACUGUACAGCAGCCUCCCCCUCUGCCUGCUCCUGGACCGGGCCGGGGACUCGGCCGGCCCCCUGUGCUCCUGACCUCGGCUCCCUCCCUAUGGACUCUCGGGGCUCCCGGCGAGAGAGGGGGGGUGAGGGGCGGGGGGCUAGGAACCGGAGCUAGCUGAACCCCAAGGACCAAGAGAAGGUGGGGGGAUCCCAGCUUCCAGGGUGGGCCUCGGCCCCUCCAGCCUCCCGGCCCCCCGUUUUUGCAUCGGGCUUUGUAUUCAGAGAUUAAAAGAGUUUUAACUUGGGUAA